ACUUAUCGGCGGGUGUUUUCAAUUUUGUGCUGUUGGUCGUGUCAUACUUCGAUACAGUUUCUUUACGUUGGUUUAUUGUUGUUCGUUCAAUAUGGUAGUUGAUAAACUCAUUCUGGAUGAAUAUCAGAAGCUAUACAAUGAAAUUGAGGACGUUAUUAAGACGGUAGUUCACGUUCCAUCAGUGAAAUACUCUUACCUAUGCAGACAACUUUCUAUACUGUGUUUGUAUCUCGGUAAAAAGCGUGAAGCAGUUUAUUACCUUGUGAACUGCCUUGGCUUCCAGUUAAGGUGGCGUGCAAUUUGUAGAGACACGAUAAUGCAAGAGAAGAAACUGCGCAACCCAGAAAUGGAAGUUCGACUACACAGGAAGUAUUUACAAUUUCAGGGGGAGUACGAUACAGAUGGCUUCAAUUCUAUGAUGAAAAGGCUCUACGAUCUUCCACCACAAUGGAGAGUUGUACAAAUUUCUGUUCCGUACAACGCAAAGAGAAGACUGGAAAAUCAGUUGUCCAUGAUAGCUACAUCUUCCAUUUGUAUUACCUGUUUCGAGUGUGGUAAUGGUGCAGCGGAUCCUUUAAUGGUGACAAUUCCACAGCCGUCGAAUUCGAAUAUAUUUUGGGAAGAAUUCAUUGACACUCUGAAGGUAAACAGACAAAGGUAUGAUGAACAGAAUCCAAUAAUGCAUAAUAGAAGAAAAAUGGAAGCAAAUGACAGGAUGUUGCAAAUUCUGAAGGACAUGAGAUACAGUUGGCUGGGAGUGUGGAUGUCAAUCCUUGUUGGCCGGUUGGUUGAUGACUGUUACUUAAAGAAACUGCGCAAGUCGGUAGAUGAGAUUGUACAAGAUUGUCAUGUGACAGACUGCUUCUUAGAUAGGGGCCAAGAACUGCUUUACUAUUUUGUAGAGUGUUACAGUCACAUAACAGAAGAGGAGUUUGAAAAUGGAAUUCACUCAGUCUUAGAUGAGGAAUGCUCUCCAGCUAGUGCUAAUGCAUUAAUAACCAAACUGAAGAGUUUGUGCAGUGGACCCAGAUACAUGAGUAAUUUAAAGAGACAUCCUGUUAUUCUUGUUGUUGAUGAAGAAUUGGAGCAUUUUCCAUGGGAGAUGCUAAAUGGUUUGGCAGAGCAUCCUGUUUCUCGAAUAUCUUCAAUACCACUGCUCCAUGCACUAUAUCAUGAACACAAAAGCAAGAUAAAAAAUGGAUGUGUGGAAUAUGUCUUCAAGCCAGAAAAUGGCUUUUAUCUCUUGAAUCCAGAGAGAAAUCUUAAUGCUAUGCAGGAUCGGAUGGUACCUUUCCUUGAUAGUUGCCUUGUUGGAUGGCCAAAUAUGGUGGGCAAGUGCCCAUCAGAAGAUCAGUUGGUUGAUGUUUUAACUAAGAAAGACAUAUUUAUCUACUUUGGUCAUGGGUCUGGUGGAAAAUAUCUCCAUCCGUACAAAAUUGCAAAACUUAAUGUAAAUGCAACAGUGUUACUCUUUGGAUGUAAGAGCAAUACUUGGGCAUAUGAGCCUUAUAAUGACAGGCUAAGCACAGCCCGAGCAUAUUGCAUUUCAUCAAGUCCCUGUGUGCUGGGUAUGUUGUGGGAGGUGCCAGAUAGAGACACAGAUGCUUUGACAAAGGAACUUUUAAAGGCAUGGCUUAUGCCUUCACCAGAUCGUGAACCUGAAUUACUGCGAGCUGUAGUUAGAGGAAGAAAUGGGGCACGUGAGUUUGUCACAAAAUCAUCCUUAGUGAUUCGUGGUUUGCCUUCUAGGAUGUUGUUUCAAGACUUGUAAUUGUACAUUAGUGAAAUAUAUUAUUUUUGUGGCUGGCCCUAUCAAAUACCCUUUAACUGUUUGACAACUGUAAAUUUUUAUUUGACAUUGCAUUUGUAUUGAAUUGUAUUUUAUUGAUCCAAGUAAUCACAAUAUUGUACAAUUCAUACAUAUAAUAAUGGACAAGCCAAAGUUUAAAUUUGUACAAGAAAAUUUUUGCAAUUUAAUUUAUACAUGAAAGCCUGUGCAAUAUUACAAGAGUGUAACAGCUAUCACGAUAAACUUUUAUUAGUUAAAUGAGUUGCAACUUGUUUUGACAGUAACAUGAAAUAUCUGUGAUACAGUGGAACAUGAUGGGAGCAGAACAGGAAGAAAUACACACAGAAAUGGGUCCUACACUAAGAACAUGCACUACACUCAAUUAUCAGGUGUAAGUGAACAUUUUUUAAGGAAUUAGUUAACAUUUAUAACCAUUGUUUUUUUUUAAAUUACUGUGUUAAAACUUGAGCUCCAUCAAAAAAUUUUUAUAUUUAUAUGUGAAGGCCUUUGGCAUUUCUGUUCCUUUAACUUCACCUGGUGUACAUCUGUACCCCAACAUGUAGCACACUUUUCUUGCAGCAAGUUGUUAACAGAAUCAUACGUAAGUCAUACUGCUUCCUCAUUUCAUAACUGUGAAAGUGUCCAUGUAAUGUCACUGAGAUGUCUUUGUAGAGGAGGUUACUUUUAACAAAUGAUACAAUAUUGUAAAUGUAAA